GAGAGAACAAUCUACCCUCCCCAGUUGCUGCGAGCUUUUCUGCUGAAGGCUCUAAGAAACCACAUGAGAGAUGUAACCUAAAAGCAGGGCCAUGGGAGCCCACUGACCUUAACAAUUCUGCUCCGUCAUGGAUGCAUGAACAUGAUAGUGCAGAAGACACCAGCAUCAGGCAAUCUCUUGACGGCUUCUACAACAUGUGUUGCAAGAAACAGCCAAACAGAACGGAUCCUACCUGUGAGGCUGCAUCACAAUACCUGUCACAGAAGAUUUCAGUGCUAGCAAACCAGGAGGGAACAAAAUAUGCAUUGCGUUGUCUACAAAUGGCCCAGGUGGUCUUGAGCAGAGAUGGGCAUAAGAUCUUUCCAAACCACUCCACUGCUGCUUGUUUUUCAAAGCCAGCUGAAGGAAAAGUGAUGUUGGAAGACAGAAAGAGAACACCUGGACUCUCGGAUGACAUCCUGCAAUUCCUCUUGAAACAAACACGGACAGAACAUACCCCUGACAUAUCACAUGAGAAGUGA